GCAAGCCUCGGUAAGGACUCUGUAGUGCACUGAAUACGGAACAGUGCGUCUGGGCAAACGGUUUCCGUCACGAUAAUAAUGCAAGACUAGCAAACUAGUAUAGAUCCUUUUUUCCGAAUGUAAGGAUUAUUUGCCGGAAUGCGUUUUUACAGGUUGCUUGAACCCAAACCAGUACAAAUACUGUAAAAUGGAUCAUUUUAACAAUCCAAGCUAGCUAACAGAUAGCUAAACCCAAGAUGCUUUGCUAGCGCAACGUUAGCUAACUAGCUAGCUAACCGUUAGCUAGCGGGCUAAUCUUGUUAGCUAACUAGCUAAUUGUGGAAGUUAUUUUGGUUUUAUAGCUACAGUUUAUUGAUAGGAUGACUAGUUAACUGUCAAUAUGUCCCGUAACCGUUAAUGUCAGUGUCACAUUUCCUGCGUUAACUUGCUAGCUGAAUUCGAUACCAUCAUCAGUUAUUGUUUCAUUUAGCUUCCGAUUUUGAUAUAUUGCUAGCAACUUCUUAACGUUAGCCGGCUAAGGGAGCUGCAAGAUAUGGCCACUGCUUCUAGCUCCUGUGUGGGGAUAAAUGGGUCCAGAAAUGGCCCUACUGUAUGUACGCCGACCUCGGGAGCAUCUGGGCAAUCUCAGCCUAUGGUCGUAGUAUGGGAAUGGCAGGAUGAUCUUGGCUCAUGGCGACCUUACAGCGGCCAAGUGAGUGGCUACAUUGAACAAUGCUUCUCCUCUCCACGGGCACACAGAGGUGGGGGUCCUGGCUCCACUAGCAUCUGCCUCGGACAAUCUGAUCCUAGCUUGUCACCUUAUCUAAUAGACAUACCUAGCUUGAAGCAGUUCCGCCAAGAUACAGGGAAAACACGGUCUGUACGCCGUCAAUUGUUUGCCCAAUCUUCAGGGUUGGGUAGCGGAGUAUAUUGGGAGUGGGCAAAUGAUGAAGGAGGAUGGACUCCAUACGAGACUCGCACUUCUAUCCUACUAGAACACAGCUACCAGGCACGGCAGGCCACAGCGGACCUAGCCUCACAUGGCUAUAACUACAUAGUGGACCUCACAGCAUUGGCUCAAGUCAACAAGGCUUCAGGCUAUAGACGACAGGUCAGACGACAGGGUCACCUCCCCUACCCACUGGCGUCUGGCACAUCUGUCAUUCACUCUGGCCCGGCCUGUUCCUGCCACCAGUGUCUCAGCCACAGCAGCACUGGCCCCAUGCCUAGUCGCUCGCGCCAUUCCUUUUCCUCGACACAGCUGAGCCGGCCCAGCCUCCAGGGCCCCAGCAGGGUGGCUGGAGCUCACCCCGCCUCUGUGUACUCGCCCUACCCCAGGAGGCCCCUUUCUGUUGGGGGCAUGGCAUGGGGAGGCCCCUGGCCCCCGACAACCUCUGCUAGUCAACUCCCUGGAGCUCCACUCUCCUACCACACCAGUGCCAAUGGCUUAAGUGUCCCUGCUAUUCCUGUGCAACUGAAUGGAUCCACCAGUGUGAGCUCAGCCCUGGCAGGCAUGGCCUCCAUUUUGAUGUCAGCAGUGGGACUCGGCGUGCGAUUCAUGAGUGCCCCCCUCUUGCAGCCUUCCUCCGCUCCUCCCCCCAGCAGCAGCACCAGCAGGCCAGCAGGCUCCAAAACUCACUGCAGCAACUCGGUUAGGAGGGCAAAGAGGCAGCACAGGACAGGCCCGGCCUUGAAACCAGAGGAUGUAAUUCAUCGCUACAUGGAGGAAGUGCAUACCUCCACUCAAGACGAGGACUGCAUCAUUUGUAUGGACCGUCUAUCAUGUCCAUCAGAUUAUGACGUGGCAUCUGAGGGAGCCCAAUCCAUCCCUCCCAGUGCUGUGGGCAAGUUCACAAAGUGUGGACAUACCCUGCACAUGCUCUGCAUGCUGGCCAUGUACAACAACGGAACCAAGGAUGGAAGCCUCCAGUGCCCUUCAUGCAAGACAAUCUAUGGGGAGAAGACAGGGACCCAGCCCAAGGGCAAGAUGGAGAUCUAUAGUAUUUCCCAGUCCCUCCCUGGCCACCCUGACUGUGGAACUAUCCAGAUCAUUUACAGCAUCCCCCCUGGAAUACAGGGUCCAGAACACCCUAACCCAGGCCAGCCAUACACCUGUAGAGGCUUCCCUCGGUUCUGCUUCCUCCCAGACAACGACAAGGGCAGAAAGGUCCUGGAGCUGCUGAAGGUAGCGUGGACACGGCGCCUCAUCUUCACAGUGGGCACAUCCAGCACCACGGGCGAACCCGACACAGUGGUGUGGAACGAGAUCCAUCACAAGACCGAGAUGAUGUCAAACGUGUCAGGCCAUGGCUACCCUGACCCCAACUACUUGGACAAUGUGCUGUCUGAGCUGGCCUCCCAGGGGGUGACUGAUAACUGCCUCAUCAAACUGGACGACCCUGGCCAGGGAGGAGCGUCAACUUCUGGACUGUGAAAACUGACCCUGUAUCUGUUUCAGAAUCCUCGUUAGGGCCAGGGCGCAUCCAUCUAUGGACUGUGAAUCUGUUCCUAGUAAUGUCACUACUUCAGCAUAGAGAACAUAAAGAAUAAACCAACUCAUUCAAAGUUAA